GCUGCCAGUGCAGAUUAGUAAGUGGCGUACUGAAGGCAGUCUCCAACAGGCAUGUCUCAAUUGAUUUCUUUCUCUAGAGAAGACUCCUUGCCUCAGUUGGACUGUCCACUCACUAUCCUGAAGAAAAAAGGUAAUGCCUCUCUACAAAUAAUAGUUUAGUUAAAGAAGCUGGUGGAGAUAUGGAAAGGAUCAAUGAGGAGACUGGAGAGUUGAGUACCUCAGGGGAAAGUACAGAAAGCACAGAGCUGAAGAAUGCACAAUGUCACAUAGAACCUGGGGGAGAGGAGAACUCAUACACAGGACUAGAUGCAACCAUGGCUCUCAAAAAGCAACUCCUAGAGCUGGAGAAAGCAACAGUAGAACAGAGAGAGGAGCAGCUCCUUCACCUUCUGCCCACAUUUAUUCAGGUGUGUGAAAGCAGUAGAUGCACUGAGGACUUGGAUCUCCAGAGUUUGGCUACUCAUAUCGCAGAGACGCUGGUAUUUCACAUACAACAGAGAGUGGCAGGAAGACCUGCAGAGGAAGCGCGAUUUGAGCUGGAGCAGUUUUUUCAUCAAACAGAACAUGGCAGAUGUAAAGGAUGGCUGCUUUUAAAGGCCACAUCUUUUUUGUCUAUCAAUGAUGCUGGAGUAAAAGCAGCCAUUAUCACUGGACUAGCUGCUGCUUUAGUGAAAUGCCUGUAUCUGUUUGUAGCCCUUCCUGCCAAAAAAGUUGGAGAGCAAAAUGAUGAGGAAUGCUCAUUCCAGGAGAUAUUAAUUCAGGUGAUCUUGCAGCUGUGCAGGCAGGUGCAAUUUGUGGAACAGCUGGUGGAAACGGAGGAGCUGCGGUGUGUCAUCAUCGCGCUCACCUCCUUGUGGGACCAAUGCAGCUCUUCAUGGAGGAGACAGGCCUCCCUCGUGCUCAGGGCUGUAUCAGCAGCCCAGGUUCCUAAUAUAGUUCCAACACUGCAAGCCAAGAACUGUAUAAAGAUCUGCAUCCAGAAUCUGCUGAAAAUGAGUAAGCAUGUCGAUGGGAUGAUUCUAGCCGAGGUUGCCGUGAGUGUCUUCAGCUUUGUGAAGGACUCGUAUUCAAACAACCCUGUACUUUUUGAGGAGUUUGAGAACAACGAUGGCUACACAGUUCUCCAGUCCAUCAUGGCACGGUGUGAGGAGGAAACGUCAGAGGAGGACUUUUCUCCGGUGCAAGACCUCCUAGAUCUUAUUGCCUCCUUCACUUUAUUUGGCAAAGCUGAGUUAAAGGUGGCUCUCUGUGUUAACAACCCCCAGCCUCCAGGCUUUAAAUUUGACCCACCUUUGAGCACAGGAACUGCAGUCAAGAACCUCAGAGCUUUUCAGAUCCUUCAAUCGUCGUUCUUGCGAUCAGGCAGCGCGCUGAUAUGCAGUCAAAUCCUGCGCACAAUGCACAAAAUUUGGGCAUGGGACAAGGCCAACUUCUUCCUGCUGGAGUGGACUCUGCAGUGUCUGGCCCAGCUGGCUGAUAGCACAUGGCAGAAGCCAGCAACUGUUCACAGCUUCUUUUUUAAGCUUUUAGAAACUGUGGUCUUUCAACUGUCCUACAUCCCUCACGAUACACUGCAAAAGGUGCAGGCUGUGCUAAAGGUGGGAUCAUCUCAAGCCUUUAGCAUGGCUGCUCUAAAGUGCUUUCAUGACAUGGUGAUAAACAGUAGCCUGCUGUCUGAUGUGCUGAGUGAUGGUGGAUUGAUGGAGCUGCUGUUAGUGGAGCUCAGACGGCGAGCUAAGAUACUAAGGAAGGCUGGGAUUUUAGCGAAUAAAGGGGAGCUAAGAAUGGAAGACUGUGAGCGGCAGCUCACCACCAACAUGUUAAGUGUGGUUGCUGCUCUGGCAAUGAGAUCCAUCAAAAAUACAGUGUUUAUACGGGACUCUGGGAUGAUUCCCUACAUAAAGAUCUUCCUCGACGAUGAAAUGUAUCGCAGUCCAACUCUGUGUAUCCUGGAGCAGUUGUCUGAGACAAACCCUGAGGAGUACAUGAGCACUGCAAUAGGAGCUCUCUGCUCUUCCACUGAGACUGAACUGCAGCUCAAGCAAGACCUGCUCCAUUCAAUCCUGAAAGUACUUGAUAAUCCAAACAGCUGGAAUGCUUUCCGCACAGCUGGGGGCUUUACCAGUCUGCUGUCCAUGUUGGUGGACAUGGAGGGCUCUUUGCUUCAACAGCCGGUAGGAGUGUGGGCUUCUCUAAAUCAUCAAAGUCUGAUGGAGCUGCUGCUGCUUACACUGCACACCAUGGCCAUGGCUGUGCACCUGCAUCCUGUCAACGCUCACUUCUUCCACAUCACUAACCUCUUCGAGAGGCUGGCUGAGGCUUUGCUGCUGAUCGGCUGCUUCCUCGGAUGCGCACCAGUAGAUUUAGACACAACCAAAGACCACAGGACUUUCCAGGAUUUUUUGAAGUUGACUCAGUCGUCUGGAUGUUCUCUCACUGCACCACUGCAGGACUGCGUAAGAGUACUGGACUUUCUGGAGCAGUUUGCAACAGGGAUCAGUAUGUCUACAGAUCUGUGCGCUGAGCUGAAGGAGCCUGCAGAGAUUGAGGAGAACCAGCUGGAGGACACGAGCCAGAAGACUGGGGCGGAUGACUUUCAGGGACGGAUCAGAAAGGCAGCUCUAUCUCUCUCAUCUGUGACUCAAGAGUCAGGGAGGUUUUCACAUGAUCCUUCAAUAUUGCACCCUGGAGCAAUUAAGGUCAUCAUGACUCUAGUGCCUCAUAUCUACUGCCCCAAUAACCCUCAGCUGUCUGUUGAGCUUCAGUUAGCUGUGGUGCAUCAUGUGCAGUCUCUGGUGAAGUCUGAGCGGAACAGGCAGAUCAUGUGCGAGUCAGGGCUGCUGGAAACCCUGCUGAGUCACUGCAGGGGCAUCCUCAGUAACAGCACACAUUCCCUGCAUCUGCCAGUGGUGCGCAUCUUGGAAAAACUUGCCUCUCAAUCUAUAGAACAUAAGUCCCUCAGACAGUUCCUGUGUUUACAACCUCCCCUUACACGUAGUUCUGAAAAGUGCAUUUCUUCCCCGGUCUCAGAGGACGACUUACCACAUAAAAAUCCUCCCUCUAAUGGACACUGUGCUAACCAGGUCAAUGAGGAUUGUCCAGAUAGUAAAAAGAGAGGUUCUAAAAAUGGCAAACAGACACCAAAAAGGAGUUUUAGCUUACUAAAUGCACCAACUAGUAUGACACCUGUUCCACUUCACCAGAUUAUUACCCUUGUGUCUAUAACAUCACCGCGGAGCUUCCGGCCUCACAAAGUGUCUGUUUCGCCAUCAUUUGUGGAGUUUGACAUGACUGACAGUGGAUAUGGGUGUCUUUUUCUGCCGUCUCUUGCUACAGUGAAAGGUGUCAGUGCUGACUCUAUCGCCACAGGAGGAAUCGGUGGUGACUGCCGGGGUUUUCCUCCCUCUGCUGGUCUGUCUUUCUCCUGCUGGUUUUUGAUCAGCAGAUUCAGCUCUGCCUGUGACUCUCACCCGGUGCGUUUGCUGACAGUGGUGCGCCAUAUGUCCCGUGCUGAGCAGCACUUCAGCUGCCUGUCAGUCAGCAUCUCCUCCUCUGGUUGCCUGGUGAUCAGCACUGAGGAGGAGGCUUACCAGUCCUUAGACAUGAUGGAGCCGAUGCCAGGGACACCGACUUCCUUGCCAACUACUGUGCGCUUUAAUUGCUCCAAACAGCUUAUGCCAGGUUUAUGGCAUCAUGUUGUUGUUACCAUGGCCAAAGACAUCAAAAAGAGCUGCAAAGUCACUGGUUAUCUGAAUGGUGAGCUGCUUGGGACAUCAACGAUGCGUUAUAUUCAACCAUUCCCGGGUCCAUGCAUUGCAAUGGAUGCUUCAGCGGUCAUUGAUGUGUGUGGAAUUAUUGGCACUCCUCCCAUAUGGAAGCAGCAUGCGGCUCUGAUCUGGCGCGUCGGUCCAACUUAUUUAUUUGAGGAAGUUCUAAGCUCUAGUUAUGUAGAGAUCAUGUAUGCACAAGGCACUAGGUACCUGGGCAGCUAUCUUGCACUUGAUGCUCAAGCUGAUGGAAAAUUUGAGUUUUCUCCAGUGAGGUUAGUUCUUCCAGAGAGGAUCUCAUUUGGGAUAAACCCUGCAGUGGCUACUGUCACUACCGUAGCAGAGAUCAGAGAUCAGUACAACGAGGUGGACUCACGUCUGAUUGCCAAAGAGAUGGGCAUUCAAUCACGGGAUAACUCCACUCCUGUCUUUCUGGCUCGAAAUAUCAGUCAGCACCUCAGUGGAACUGCUAGAACUCUCGGGGCUGCCCUGGUUGGACAUUUUGGAGCGAGGACAUUUACAUCAAACACAGCAUCCAUCAGUUUUCAGAACAUUGGAGGGCCUGCAGUUGUUCUCAGUCUGGUUGCAAUGGCGACAGAUGAUAGUUCUCUGUAUGCAGCUGUCAAAGUUCUGCUAUCUGUAUUAGACACAAAUCCAGUGAUGAAGCAAGAGAUGAAACGCAUCGGUGGCUAUAAGGUUUUUGCCUUCAUCCUCAAAAUGAAGGCUCACCUAAUCAGCUGCAGGACCUUCCAGUUGAUUUUGGCCAUAGUGGGAACUGUGGAGCUCGGAACAGGGAGUGUGUAUGUCCAUGACCUCACUGCUUUUCAGGGCAUUCUUUGUAACUUUGAGGUCUGGCAAAAGGCUCCGGAAAAUCUUGAUCUAUCAGUUUUAUCCAAUUUUGUUGAUAUACUUAAAUCAUCAAGUGGAGAUCCAAGAAAUGCAGAGGCCAUCCACAGUCUCAACCUUAUGACGAAGCUCCUUUUCUUGCUGGAGGAUCCCAUCGUGACUAACAGAAAAGUCACAGUCAUUUGCACCAUCAUCACAUGCCUGUUACAGAACCACUUUAACCCCAAAGACAUCCACAGACUUGGACUUUUCUUAAUUCAUACUCUGUUGCCACCAAGUGUCAAUGAGAAAACAGCAUAUCCUUGUGUAAUUUUUAAAGACCAAUCUCAAGCCUUGAGCCAAACACCUGGAAGAACCAUCUGGAUCAGGAACCGGCUGCUUGAGGUGCUGUCUUCACUUAUCAUCUCCGACACACCUCUUCCUAACAAUAAACAGGAAGAAGUGUUCUUUAUGCUUGGGUCAGACUGGUUCCUGCAGUUCCUACAGGGACACAUCCACUCCAGCACAGUGUUACUGGUGCUUAAGAUGCUUGUCCACUUUCUGUCGCAUCAGAACAUUCGGGUCAAGUUCAAAGAAAUGGUAUCAUCUGGAACACUAAUGGAAAACAUGCCCAUGCUGCUAGGCAUUAUAGAUAACUUACGGAUGCGCUCCUGGUCAUAUGGGUGUUUAAGUGGCACUUUCCCAGGCUUUACUGUGCUGCCCAGACUGCUGCUUCAUCAUAUCAGCCUUCCACAGAUAUAUGGAGUUUUUGCUGCUUUGUUAUUUGGAAAAUCAGGCUUCCAUGUGCCUGAUGAGCAGGGGGAUCUUGACAGCAUGCUCCAGAGUGUGAUUGACAACUCUGCUAAUGAACAGGGAGUCCAGCUGUGCACAGAGGCAGCAUGUGUCCUUAUUGAGCUGGUCAAAAUGAUCAUUUGUAAGCCCAUAACAGGAAGUGAAGAUAGCUGGGAUGUCCAGUACCCAGGAAGUGUGAUGCAGUUCCUUUGCUUGGUUCAUAGCAAUUUUCCACGAGAUGCUUUGUGGGGCUCCACUGACUUUCUCAACUCUCUGGCCAGUGCAGUUUUCCCCACUGAAAUCUCUGAGAAUGCUGCUGGUCCUCAGAGUAACGAGGAUAUUGUAGACACAUCAUCUCCUCGCAUGUCUCACCCUGCGAGGAAGCAGGUGUGUGACUUCAUCCGCAUCUUGUUGAUGGAUAGCCUCAUAAACAUCCCAGCCAAAGACCAGCAGCACCCCUUCAUCCAGCUGCUGGAGUUCUCUCCAGACAAUGUGUGUCAGGAGCAGAAGCAAAGCUUUCAGAGUGAGCUGUUAGAGUUUCUGAUGGACAUUAUUCAUAUAACAGGGCAAGAAGGCGGUCAAUCAACACAUUUAGCCAGAGAUGAUUCUUCUAAAUCCAGCUCAGAGAGGAAGUUUACCGUACUGUCUGAGAAUGUCGCUUUCUUCAGUAAGAUGUUGGUGGUGAAACUCUAUAAUGGAAUGUUUGUGGCAGAUCCAGAAAAUCUGCUGGUCUUUAUCGUAGAGCAGAUAGCCAUGGCAUUGGAGAGAAGGCAGCCUCAGCGUGAGGACACGGUCUCUAUCCUGUACAAGAGCCUGAAUAGGGCCGUGCUGUACUUCCUGUCCCGGCCCAGGCAAACCCCAGCUGAGAAGGAGCUUAUUCUGAGGACUCUCCAUGUGCUGCAGCAGCAUUGGGAUAUCAUUAUGGCCACCUACAAUGCCAGUGUCCACUUCAUCAGCUGCCUGCUGCACUGCUUUCUGCUAAUCCGCUCAGGAAGUUUUCCUGAGGGAUUCGGAUGUGAGAUGCAUAAAAAAACAUCCAGGAAAAUCUGGCGACAUCUUUUUCCCCACAAAAACAACCAAAUUAUGGCACCGGUUGACAUCCCUAAUUCGGCAGAGGUGGAGUCAGAGCUGUUGAAGGUUGUGGAAAGCACAUGGGAUAUAGUCAUGCAGGAGAGAAGACACUCACUAGAGGAGGCCUAUAAGAUUGACCUUUCGGCCAAGCAGGCAGGAAAGGAGACCCUGGUCUCCAUGAGUGAUGUGAGCCCUCUAUGGGAAGAGUUAGCCAUGAAAUCCUGGCAAGUUUUUAUAGAUUCUCAGAAAAAGAAGCUGAAUAUUGGCCAGAGAAAGAUAAGUAUUCUAAGCAGUCGCUCACCCCAGAGGACACCUGGAAAAGACCCAGAGGCUAAUGUGGAGACAUUUUUGGCAGACCUAGAAGUUCAUAGAAAGAUCGGUGAAGAGAUGUUCGAGACCUUGUUGAAGAAUCACAUGCAGGCACUGCGCUGUGAGAAUGAGCUAAUGGCUGUUCAGUGGCUAAGGAUAGAAGAGGACUUGCUUCGUGAGAGGGGGCUGUUUGGCCCUGGUCCAGGAGUUUUCACCAACCAGGGAUGGGUGCAGGACGCAGCUGAGGGGCCCAACCGCACCAGACUCCGCAUUCGCAGGAAGGCAGCGAGGCGCUCGAAAAAGCUUCCAUCCCUGAUGCCAGGAUUGUAUAUGAAACACAGCCUUGUAGAUGAGAGCAAAGGUGUGGCAGAACUUGGCAUUGCAGAUGCAGAGCUUAGGAUUCUUUGUGAGUCAGGCAGAGAGGCUGAGCAGGAGCCCGGCCUGGACUGUGAGCAUCUAACCUUCUUCCCAACACUAACUGAGGUCUCGAGUCCUACUGAAGAUAUUUCCGAUGAGUGUGUGGAGUCUCAGCUCAUAAUACAGCAGCUGGCUCCCAAUGAAGAGAUCAAAGAGAAGCACUGCAUUACUGUUGUCAGCGGCCAUAUGCUAGUGGAGGGAGUAUUAUUGUUUGGGAAGGCUAAUCUCUAUGUGUGUGAGGGCUUCACACUCACCUCCAAUGGGGAUGUACGCUGUGGAAACCACCAACCCACCAGUGUGAGAGACUCGUUUAUCAUUGGCAUGCUGAAGAAGGAACGGAGCUCAGUAAACCCAGUCUGCAGACGCUGGUCAUACGAGGACAUAAAAGAGGCUCAUUUUAUGCGCUUUCUUCUUGAGGAAAAUGCUAUUGAAAUCUUCAUGAAGAAUGGUGCAUCAGUGUUUCUGGUAUUCGUGAACAAAGACCAUUUCAUUGUUUUUAAAAGGUUAUGCUCUAUAGUGCCUUCAUUAAAGGGAAGAGGAGUGACAGAGUCCAUGCAAAAUGUUAGAAAGACAGCAGCGUUCGAGAAGGCGGUUAUUGCUAAAUGGCAGAAAGGAGAAAUGAGUAACUUUGAAUACCUCAUGCAUUUGAACACACUCGCUGGACGGACAUACAAUGAUCUGAUGCAGUAUCCUGUGUUCCCAUGGAUCCUUGCUGAUUAUGAGUCAGAGACAUUGGAUUUGUCAUCCCCGACAUCAUUCAGGGAUUUGUCUAAACCAAUGGGUGCUCAGAAUGAGAAAAGGAGAGAGAAAUUUAUCCAGCGAUAUAAUGAAGUAGACAGUAAUGAGGGUGAGCUGUCUGCACAGUGUCAUUACUGCACACACUAUUCCUCUGCCAUCAUAGUGGCAUCUUACCUUGUGAGAAUGGAACCUUUCUCUCAGACCUUCCUCUCCCUGCAGGGCGGCUCAUUUGAUGUUCCUGAGAGAAUGUUCCACAGCAUAAGGAAGGAGUGGGAGUCAGCCUCUAAAGACAACAUGAGCGAUGUGAGAGAGCUCAUUCCAGAAUUCUUCUACCUGCCAGACUUCCUUAUCAACUCCAACAACUUUGAGUUUGGAUGUAUGCAGGAUGGAACAUUUUUGGGGGAUGUUGUCUUGCCACCUUGGGCCAAAGGAGAUCCUCAGGAGUUCAUUCGCAUGCACAGAGAAGCUCUGGAGAGCGACUACGUGAGCGCUAAUCUACACCUGUGGAUCGAUCUUAUUUUUGGGUGCAAACAGCAGGGUCCAGCUGCAGUGGAGGCCCUCAAUACUUUCCACCCUUACUUCUACACAGACAAGCAUGAUGCGGAAAGCAUGAAAAACCCGUUAAAGAAAAGUACAGUCCUGGGCUACAUCAGCAACUUUGGCCAGAUUCCCAAACAGAUUUUUACAAAGCCUCACCCAAGCCGUAUCGUACACAAGAGCUCUGCAAGCAAAGACACGACCGGAGCCAAUCACAUCACGCCUUUUUUCUUAAAACUGGACAAGCUGAAGCCGUCAGUCCAGCCGCUAAAAGAGCUGAUGUCUGGCCAUGUUGGUCAAAUCAUUUGUGGAGAGAAAGAUGUGUUGGUUGUGGAGAAGAACAAGUUGCUCAUGCCUCCUUUCUGGAACACUUACUUCUGCUGGGGUUACUAUGACAGCACAUGCUCAUUUGGCAGUUACACAACAGAGAAGGACUUUGCAGUAUGGGAAGGUCUGUCAGACUGGGGAGAGGCUGUGUGUGCUGCCUGUCCCAACAACAAUAUCAUCAUCACAGCUGGGAGUAGUACAGUGGUGUGUGUGUGGGAUCUUUCCAUCAGUAAGGACAAGCUCAAGUACAUGAAGCUCAAACAGGCUCUCUACGGACACACAGGCACAGUGACCUGUGUAGUAGUGUCUGAGUCCCACAGUGUGAUAAUCAGCGGCUCUCAGGACCAGACGUGUAUCUUAUGGGACCUGGAAGAGCUCAACUACAUCACUCAGCUCCCUGCACACUCAUCCGGUGUUACUGCUUUAGCCAUCAACGAACUCACUGGUGAGAUCGUGUCAUGUUCCGGGACUAAUCUGUACCUCUGGACAAUGAAGGGCCAGCUGCUAGCGUCUGUAAACACGCCGUAUGGGCCAGAGGGCAGUAUCCUGUGCUGCUGCUUCACACAGAAGUAUGAGUGGGAUCCACGCAAUGUCAUUAUCACUGGCUGUGCAGAUGGUAUUGUUAGGAUAUGGAAGACUGAAUAUACAAAGGUACAAUUACCUGGACAUGAAGAGCAUUCAGUGUCUCGGGGGGAUGCUGUAUCCCCGUCUGAAGAGGACACAGAGCGUACCAGGAAGAGGUGGGAGAGACACCUGGUGCUUUGCCGAGAACUGAACCGGAGUCAGAUCAUCUCCCGCCGUCGCUACAAAAACAAUCCUGCUGUAACUGCACUCGCCAUAUCCAGGACUCAUGGUACACUACUGGUAGGUGAUGCCUGGGGCAGAGUGUUCAGCUGGACCUAUGAGGACUAAAGACAGGCAACCAAACAUCAAUCAUGCUCUGAUACACAGCACGCGGUUCAUGUGGGACUGCCGCACCACUGCUGACUCCAGAGAUCUGCACAGCGCCUGCCGUGUUUGAGGGAUGACGCAUAGUUUCUUGGACUCGCUGAGGCAUUCUUGCUCGAGCCAGAAACAAAACACUGCUUAUUUAAGAAAUGAAGGAUGCUGCAGAUUUUGUGUGUGUGUGUGUGUGUGUCUUAUUUUAUUUUUUUCAAUUUGAGCCACAGUCUAGAUCAUUCUUAUUAUAGGUCUGUUCCCCUCCUUUUCCCUAAAUGAAGCCAAGUGAUGUUUAUUAUAGAAACAUCGGCCUGUUGGAAUUUUUUAUGGGCAGCUGCUUCCCAGACAUGUGUUAUCUUAGCUGUAGAUUGUUUUUCUUUCACCCUACUUUUUCAUAUGUCUUGACGCUCAUGUGAUCAUUUUGUACAGACAUGUGUCUGUCAGCAAGCAGCUGGCCUCUGCUCAAACUCUGCAUUUUUUGCAGUUGUGUAAGUUUUUAGCAUGUAAAUACUGUAUAUGUAAAUAGAAUGCAUGUUAUAUGCAACAGUUGAUCAGACGUUUCUGCUUUGUUUGCUGUUAGUUUUCUUGAGUCUAAUGAUAAUUAAGCAGCUUUUUAUGUAGGCAGCUUUUACAGAACAAGGGUGACUCAACCAUCCCAGCCUGAGAGGGCGUUCUCUCCCACUAACAGAAGAGGUUAUAGUGUUUGGGAGUUGUUGUUUUUUUGUGGGCGACAGAAAUGCUUAGCAAGCACUUUUGUCAUGCAUGCUCACACUUGAUUUGCAAACUUGAGAAUUUACUUUGAUAACAACCAGUAUUGCUGUUUAUAUUUGUGCACUUUUAUAUUUGAAAAUUAAAACAAACUGAAACCAUAAAGUAUUGUUUCCUUUUAGAUUUUUAAUAUGAUUAUGAAAGGAAAAAAAUAGGAAUUUUCCAGUUUUGCAGAGUAGUAUAUCUUAGUGUCAGCAAAGUACUAUGUCUGUGAUUCAGUCGUCAUUUUCAGGCAGCUUCUUCUUGCAUCUUCAGCUCAAUGGAGAUGUACUUGGAGCAAACAUGCCAGUUUUUUUUUUUUUUACAAUGUACUGAAAUUUGUGAUUAAAUUUCUUAUGAAUAAAAGUGUGAAAACCAACUGCUAUUUACAUGAUGAGACUCUUAGCUUUAGCAAAGUUUUUAAAUGAUGCAAACAUUUUUAUGAUGGCUGUACGUCUGUAAUUGAUCCCGGCUGAGGUGGCUCGGAGCCCAGUGCAGUUGUUUCCGUGAACAUUCAGUUAGUCAAAGCUUGUUCCUCGCAAAAUGGACUGAUAAUUUGUCAUCAACUCGUGGAAGAGAUGCAUCUGUAUGUGGGAACUGUACACACAAUCAUUCACCAACACCACUUGCACAUUAGACAAGGAGUUAUUGGCACAUACCCUGUACAGUCCUAAACUUGUUCUAAGGGCUUUCCACAUGUUUUGCCAUUUAGGGAGUUUCAGGGAGGACAGCAGUGAAGGAGGCAGGCCGAUCAUGGCUCUGGCAUACUAAAAAAAAAUUAUAUAUUGAUGGUAUCCAAGCACUUGUAAAUGCUGGGAUAAGUGGUGUAGCAGGGGAUUAUAUAGAAAUAAAAAUACACAACCAAAAGUGCCAACAAAAAUCCCUCUCAUGCUUAAAUCGCCUAGCCAUAAGCUAGAUGUUCACUAAAUCCAAA